AAGGGAACAUCCUCUCUCUCCUUCACCGUCAUCAUAACAAUUAACAAAUCUUUACACUCUGAUUGAUGAUUCAACGCUUCCAAUUACACAAUCAGAAACAGCAACACAUAUAAUAUAUAAGUAUAUUAUAAAGAAAUAAACAUUUUUUCUUUUGUUAUUUUGACUUGAACAAGCGUUGACGAACAUUUUUUCUUUUUCACCAUUUCUUCCAUCGCUCAUUUCCCAGAAAUUUAAUCAGAAUCUUAAUCCUAAUCCAUUUUUAUCGUCUUCUAAGUUGUUUUGCUAUUCUGGUACAAGAUCCUCUGUCUUUGUUAUUCCUCUUUAAUUACAUAUUCCUCGUGUAUUAUUUGUCAAAUGAUCGAUGGAACAUUUAAACAAACUUCUCAAUAUACGACUUUUCUGGAGCUCUCGUCUUAUGAUUUCUGAUUCUUGAUCUGAUGUGGGUUUGUCUGAUUUCAUUCAAAUUUCGAUACUUUUCUUGCUUCUCUGGUUUUGAUUCGGUGUUCUUGUCUAAAUCUUUCACCAUUCAACAGUGUUCGUUGGAUGAGGAGAAGAAGAAAGUGAACAUAAAGUUUCAUGGGCAAUUCAUGCCGUCGUUCUUUCAAGGACAAAAUCUACGAGGGCAAUAACAGUAGUAGUAGGCCCGAGGAAAACUCCAAAACCACCACCCACGUUUCCUCCCUUCCUUCUCCGACCGCAGAACAAGACCAAGAUCCUAAAACAGACAAUAACAAAAUCCCUGUCCUUGUGCUCCCCGAGAAAGAACCUGUUAUGCGGCGUAACAUGGACAACCAAGCUUACUACGUUCUUGGUCACAAGACUCCUAACAUCCGUGAUCUUUACACCUUGAGCCGUAAGUUAGGACAAGGACAGUUCGGAACCACGUAUCUCUGCACCGAGGUUGCAACCGGUGUUGACUACGCUUGCAAGUCUAUAUCCAAGCGUAAGUUGAUUUCUAAGGAAGAUGUUGAGGAUGUUAGGAGGGAGAUUCAGAUAAUGCACCAUUUGGCUGGUCACAAGAACAUUGUUACGAUCAAAGGAGCUUAUGAGGACCCUUUGUAUGUUCACAUUGUGAUGGAGGUUUGUGCUGGUGGUGAGUUGUUUGAUAGGAUUAUUCAGAGAGGUCAUUACAGCGAGAGGAAAGCUGCUGAGUUGACCAAGAUCGUUGUCGGUGUCGUUGAGGCGUGUCAUUCUCUUGGUGUCAUACAUAGAGACUUGAAGCCUGAGAAUUUUUUGUUGGUUAAUAAGGAUGAUGAUUUCUCUCUCAAGGCCAUUGAUUUUGGUCUCUCUGUUUUCUUCAAACCAGGCCAAAUAUUCAAGGAUGUAGUUGGAAGUCCAUACUAUGUUGCUCCUGAGGUUCUUCUCAAACAUUAUGGUCCAGAAGCUGACGUGUGGACUGCUGGUGUUAUACUCUAUAUUUUACUAAGUGGUGUCCCUCCUUUCUGGGCAGAAACACAACAAGGAAUAUUUGAUGCUGUCUUGAAAGGAGAUAUCGACUUUGAGUCAGAUCCGUGGCCUGUGAUAUCCGACAGUGCUAAAGAUCUGAUCAGGAAGAUGUUAUGCCCCAAUCCCUCUGAACGCUUGACCGCUCAUGAAGUCUUGCGUCAUCCAUGGAUCUGUGAGAACGGUGUUGCACCAGAUAGAGCACUUGAUCCGGCUGUUCUGUCUCGUCUCAAACAGUUUUCUGCAAUGAAUAAACUAAAGAAGAUGGCAUUGAAGGUGAUAGCUGAGAGCCUCUCAGAAGAAGAGAUUGCAGGUUUAAGAGCAAUGUUUGAGGCAAUGGAUACUGAUAACAGCGGUGCAAUCACUUUUGAUGAGCUCAAAGCUGGACUGAGAAGAUAUGGCUCUACUUUGAAAGACACUGAGAUCCAAGACCUUAUGGAAGCGGCUGAUGUGGACAACAGCGGUACAAUAGAUUACAGUGAGUUUAUUGCAGCGACGAUUCAUCUGAAUAAACUAGACAGAGAAGAGCAUCUUGUCUCUGCGUUUCAGUACUUUGAUAAAGAUGGAAGUGGUUACAUCACCAUUGAUGAGCUGCAACAAUCUUGCGUGGAACAUGGGAUGACCGAUGUUUUUCUUGAAGAUGUAAUCAAAGAAGUUGAUCAAGACAAUGAUGGACGGAUUGACUAUGGAGAAUUUGUUGCGAUGAUGCAAAAGGGAAAUGCUGGUAUCGGGAGACGAACAAUGAGAAAUAGCCUAAACAUCAGCAUGAGAGAUGUGUAGGCACAUUACACACUACACAGCAGUGUAUUUGAACCAUUUGCUCGGCUCAGGCUACAGAGAAGGCUGAAGAGAAAACCGGAUUAAUAGGUGCAGGAAGGGAGCUGAAUCCCUUGAAGGUUUAAGUUUAAAAUGUUUAAAGAAAAACUACUGUAUGAUUAUUGGUGGAUGAAUAAGCAAAAAGUGUUUCCUUAUGUUUCAUCAGUAGGUGAGAGGACUAUUUAUAUUGUCUCUCUCUUUUGUUUUGUUUGUUUGUAUCAAUUGUUAAAGUUUGGUGAGCUUUGUUUCAUCUCCAUUGUUAAAAGCUUUGAACCUUUUUGAGUUCUUAGAGAUUAAUCAUCUUCCAAUAAA